AAGGAACGCUCCGUCCUUGCCCACGUCCUGGCGUGUGCGCAGACGUCCUAGCCGCUCGACGACGAGGACGACCGAGUGGAAGAGCGCGGAGGCGCGAAACGCUCGUUCCGCCGUGUCCGGAAGCAUCGAUGUGGCCGAACGUAGAGGAGGGCCACCCGAUACAGGAGCAAACGAGUGCAAUGCACUUGGACGGACGAAGACGGCAGGCAAAACGAGAGAGGAAAGGACAGGAGUCGCGCGUGCGCGUGACGCGGGGGGCACCUGAAAGGCCCGACGGAGAUCUAGAUGGAGUACGGAUCGGGAGGGAGUGAAAGAGAGAGAGGUAGGAGGAACGUACACAGCGGCCUCGUAGGGCAGUCGUUCCUCCUUCGUCGUUCCUUCGCGAGGCGCGGAGCCGCGCUUUUAACGAAAUUAUUGCGUGGGGAAAAAAGCUCUCACGGCCCCUGGGCCACGAGCAACCCGACGUAGACUAGCCAUAGGCGUGCCAGGUCUCUCGUCUGGAAUUUCUCGUCGCGUGCUGGCCCGUCGUACAGUGCAAGUGCCAGGUGGAGAAGCGCGUGAAGGAGACGGAGGUGGGGAAUAGACGCGACGUCGUCCUGCUCGUCGUCCACGAAUCGAGACGAAUGAUGUUCAAUUGACGAAGACUGCGCAGCGCUAGGAAUGGCCCCAUUCAGUUCCGUCUUCCUCGGCGUUUGGGGAGUGUUUGUUAUCGUUUUGAUACAAGAAUCUAGGCCCCUCAGUUGGGACGACUGGUGGACCUAUGACGGUAUUUCCGGUCCCGGCUUCUGGGGUCUCAUCAAUCCCGAAUGGUGGCUCUGUCACAAAGGCAGACGACAGUCGCCGGUGGACCUCGAGCCUUCCAGGCUCCUAUUCGACCCGAACCUGCAGCCACUGCAUCUUGACAAGCACGGGAUCGGUGGAGUCCUAGCAAACACUGGCCACAGCGUGGUCUUCGCCGUCGACAACGACACGCGUCAUCCCGUCAACAUUUCUGGCGGGCCACUGAGCUAUCGUUACCAGUUCCACGAGAUUCAUCUGCAUUUUGGACUGGACGAUCGAACCGGAAGCGAGCACACCGUGGAUAAACACGCUUUCCCUGCAGAGCUGCAAAUAUAUGGGUUCAACUCCCAGCUCUACAACAACUUCUCGGACGCUCUGCCCAGGGCGCAGGGCAUCGUGGCGGUGUCGCUGCUCCUCCAGGUGGGGGACCUCUCGAACCCGGAGCUGCGAAUAUUCACCGAACAGCUGGAUAAGAUCAGAUACGGAGGCCAAACGAUGGAGAUUAAGCGUUUCGUGAUACGCGAGCUCCUGCCGAAGACGAAAUAUUACAUGACGUACGACGGCUCCAUGACGAUGCCAGACUGCCACGAGACAACCACGUGGAUCAUCCUGAACAAGCCGAUAUACAUCACGAAGCAGCAGCUUUUAUCACUGCGACAACUGAUGCAAGGGGACAAGGACCAUCCGAAUGCACCUCUUGGGAAUAAUUUCAGACCUACGCAGCCGCUGCAUCAUCGUCCCGUGCGAACGAACAUCGACUUUAACUUUCAGGGACCGAAAAACUGUCCGACGAUGAAUAGGGACAUAUAUUACAAAGCAAACAGCUGGAAAUAACCCCGAGGAACCGAAGAAGACGCCUGGCGUUCGCAGUUAACUACGCUUUCCUUGGGACGAGCUGGAACUUCGCCGUUAAGAGAAUAAAACCCAUUGACAUAUCAAUUAAAAUGAAACGCGCGUGAUCGGCGGGUCACCGUCGAAACCGAUCGAGCAAGUCCGCGAUGGCGCGUGUUGUUGAGGUCAGGAGCGAGUGAGGAUGAGAAAGAGUGCGCAAGAGUGAGAGAAACAGAACAAAAAAAAAAAACCAAGAAAAAUGCUUCGUUGUACUAUUAGACGUGAAUUGCCAAGUAUGUUUCCAGUAACGAGAAAAAAAAAAAAUGAAGAUAUAAAGAGAUAUAUAGAGAUUACAACUUAGCGGAGAUAAGGUAACCGUAAGAUUACACAAGAUAUAUUAUUAUACGUAUAUCGAUCAACUAUCGAAAGCUAUGACUAUCGUGGCCUGCGUGGGAGGGGUUUCUGGGGGACGGGGGGUGGGGAUGGUCGAGAAGAGAGAUGCGACACUAUGUAUAAAGAUUCAUGCGUGACGGUGCACACACAGACACACACAUACACACUAUCGAACGAAAGUUUAUACUAUAUUCUUGUAAUAAAACGCUGAAAACGUA